UUUGUGAAUAGAGAAAUGUUGCACGUAAUUAAACAUCCAUUAUUUGUAAAUGGUGUAAAAACACAAAUACAAAAUUAUUGCAAAAUGAAUUACACUAGUGGGCAGAUUUUUGAAAAAUACAAAACAUUAAAAAUAUCAUUACCAAAGCAAUUUACCUAUAUGGUGCAAUUAAACAGGCCUACAAAACUUAAUGCCAUUAAUGAUGUUAUGUGGAAAGAAUUUAAAAAAUGUGUUGAUGACUUAGCAGUAGAAUCGGACUGCAGAGUUAUAAUCCUAUCAGGUAGUGGCAAAACAUUUUGUGCAGGAAUUGAUGUUCAGGAUGUGGUGAAUUGGGCACCAAAAUUAGCAGAACAUGAAGACAUUGCCCGGAAAUGUAAAAUAGUACAACUUAUGAUUAAGGAGUACCAAGAUUGCAUUACUGCUAUAGAAAAGUGUCCAAAACCUGUGAUUGCAGCUGUACAUGGUGCAUGUAUUGGUGCUGGAGUAGACAUGAUAUCAGCAGCUGAUAUUCGUUAUUGUACUUCAGAUGCAUGGUUUCAAAUAAAAGAAGUUGCACUAGGUAUGGCUGCUGAUGUGGGUACACUGCAAAGAUUUCCAAAAAUUAUAGGUUCUGACAGUUUAGUUAGGGAACUGGUAUAUACAGCAAGGAAAUUUACAGCUUCUGAGGCAUUACAACAUGGUUUUGUUAGUUGUUUAUUUGAGACUGAAGAAAGCUUGCUGGAAGGAUCAAUUGCACUCGCAAAUGAAAUAGCAAGUAAAAGUCCAGUAGCAGUGCAAGGUUCAAAGUUAAGUUUGGUUUACUCAAGAGAUCACUCUGUUCAAGAGGGUUUAGAUCACAUUGCAAUGCAUAAUCAAAGUAUGCUUCAAAGUGAGGACUUUGCAAAUGCUACAAUGUCGCAAGUUGUUAAAUCAGAACCUCCAGUUUUUUCAAAAUUGUGAGACUCGGAUCUUCAUACACAUAUAACAAGUUAAUAAUUAUACAUAAUU